AUGAAAGGUGUUCAUUUCCUCACAAGCACUGUUACCAUAUUGGCAUUCACAAGUUUCCUUGUGUCCGCCUAUGACCCCAGUCCUCUGCAGGAUUUCUGCGUAGCAAUUAAUAACCCCCCAUCUGCUGUACAAGCAGUGUUUGUGAAUGGGAAAUUCUGCAAGGAUCCAAAGUUCGUUACAGCAAAUGAUUUCUUCUUUUCUGGGCUUCAAAUUGCCAAAAGCACAGUAAAUCCAGUUGGUUCAACAGUGACAGCCGUGAAUGUAGACCAAAUAGCAGGAUUGAACACUCUUGGCAUUUCCCUAGCUCGCAUAGACUUCGCACCAAAUGGCCUAAACCCUCCUCAUACUCACCCUCGUGGCUCAGAAAUUCUUGUAGUCUUGGAAGGUACACUCUAUGUCGGAUUCGUCACAUCAAAUGCUGAUAAUAAUCGGCUAAUCAGCAAGGUGUUGAACAAGGGAGAUGUAUUUGUGUUCCCAAUUGGUCUCAUUCACUUCCAACUCAACGUGGGAUACGGCAACGCUGUAGCCCUUGCUGGCCUUGGCAGCCAGAACCCAGGAGUGAUCACCAUAGCCAAUGCAGUUUUUGGCUCCAAGCAUCCCAUCAACCCUGAUGUUUUAGCCAAGGCCUUCCAAGUGGACAACAAAUUGGUUGAUUAUCUUCAGAAACAGUUUUGGUACGAGAACAAUCAAUAA